AGUGGGUGGGGCUUUCCUGCGGGCAACACAGCGGAGAUCAAUGAAGCAGGCGAUUUACCGAAACUGGUUGGACGGGCCGGGGUUGGAAUAAGCCAUUUUACACAGAAAUAUUAUUAUUGUUACUAGUAUUUUUUAUUUUUUAUUCUAUUUUUGGUUGGCACGUCGAGCCAGCCCUUCAAAAUACCGAUUUGUUUGUUUGUUUUCUCGUGAGCGCGCGACACUACAAGAGUGCAAUGUGGAAGAAUUACAGCUCCUCUGAAGCCUAAUAAACCACUGUGCUUUUAUUUUUAUUUUUUAUUUUUAUUUGUACGGACAUAUUCUUUUAUUCAGCUCUGAAACAAGGACGAAGGAAUAUUAACCAUGAUUUUUGCAAACACCACCAAUCCAGUCAGGACACCUUAUCGAAAACAGCCUCCGGUUGCUCCGCCCACACUUCCAAUGGCUCCGCCCAGCCCAAGCACCAAUAGCAGCACCAAUAACAGCAGCAGCAACAGCAGCACAACCGGAUGGGAGCAACUCAGCAAAACCAACCUCUACAUCCGCGGCCUGCCCCCAUCCACCACCGACCAUGACCUUGUCAAACUCUGUCAGCCGUAUGGAAAGAUAGUCUCCACAAAAGCCAUUCUGGACAAGACCACAAACAAAUGCAAAGGUUACGGCUUUGUGGAUUUCGACAGUCCGGUGUCGGCGCAGAAAGCUGUGGCGGCACUAAAGACCAACGGAGUUCAAGCUCAGAUGGCCAAGCAACAGGAACAAGACCCAACCAACCUGUACCUGUCCAACCUGCCCGUGUCCAUGGACGAGCAGGAGCUGGAGAACCUCCUCAAGCCCUUCGGACAAGUCAUCUCCACUCGCAUCCUCAGAGACGCGCACGGCAUGAGCCGAGGUGUCGGCUUCGCCAGGAUGGAGUCUACAGAGAAGUGUGAUGCUGUGAUCUCUCACUUUAACGGGAAGUUCAUUAAAUCUACGUCUGGAAUGUUGGGUGCAUCAGAGCCUCUGCUCUGUAAAUUUGCUGACGGAGGCCAGAAGAAGCGAUUGAGUCAGAGUAAAUACGUCCCCAAUGGACGGAACUGGACACGGGACGCCGAGGUGAGACUAAGUGGGAUAACCUUGACCUAUGACCCCAAUGCUGCUGCGCUCCAAAAUGGGUACUACGCCCCUCCCUACAGCAUGGGGAACAGGAUAAUGACCCAGACAGCCGUGUCUCCCUACAUCUCACCUGUCUCCACUUACCCGGUUCAGAGCCCCUCCUGGAUGACACAUCAGCCUUACAUUAUGCAGCAUCCGGGAGCUGUACUGUCGCCCUCUAUGGAGCACCCCAUGUCUCUGCAGCCGUCCUCCAUGUUGACUCCUCUGACCCAGCAGAUGGGCCACCUCUCCUUAGGUGGCACUGCCACUUUUAUUCCGGCAAAUACACCUAUGCAAGGAGCGUAUAUUCCUCAGUAUGCUCAUAUCCAACCCGCUGCCAUUGCCACUGAGGAUCCCAGUGUGCAGCCCCAGGAUGUGACCUCCAGUGAUCCCUCCACCUACCCAUUCCAACCGAACAAGCAAUAAAAGGGUGAGCAGUUGGAGGCGGAGUCAAAAGAGGGCUGCUAUGAUUUACAGGCUUAUCUUCCUUGGAGAGGAAGUGAUAUCACCGAGGGAAAGACACCCUUUUUUUGCACAGGUUCCAAAAAAAUUUAAAAAAAAUAAAAACCACAAAAGUCCACGGUUUAAAUCAACUUCAACAACCUCAAAAGACCCGCAGCAGGUGCAUCAGCAACCAAAACAAUGCAACUCAUCACAGACAGAUAGAAGGCACGGGAGAGAAGGAGACGUUUUAUUUUGCUAAGGAACGAAGGAAACGAGACGAACACUUAUUUUUUACCAAGGACUUCGGCACAGACCAAAGUCUGUGAACACUGGACUCCAAAAAAAAAAAAAAAAGGAAAAAAAAAUGCAGUGUGCUUGUACCUUUAGAUGCAUGAGAGGACUUUUUAGUAUGGUUUUUAGCGUGUUUUUACUGACCGUUUUAUCACACGCUCACACGAGAAAAGAACAUUUGCUGUGGUAGUAGCAACGAGGAGGUUUCUAUUUUGCUUUUGUCUUCCGCACUUUGCCUUCUUAGUCCAUAGUAAGAGAAAUUUGCCUUGUAAAUACUGUAGAGCGGGGUUUUAGGUUCUAUCGCUCGACAGCUGUUGUUGUUCUCUCCUGUUUGUCAAAGCGGAGAACUCACACGCUUUACUUUUGGAUGUUCUCUGAAUGCAAGUGGUGCGUGUGUGUGUGUGUCACGGGAAAGACAGAUUUCUGCUGUCCUCUGAAGUCUUCUCACCUUUUUCAGUCAAAUUUGAUGUGGUAGUUGUAGAUGAUGAUGUUAGUUUGG